UCGACUGAGGGUGAUUGUCAUUGGAAUGCUUUGCAGCAGUGUGUUUGGCAUUAUAAAAUCGUUUUCGAUCAAUUAUAUCAUGUAUACGGCGCUGGAAUUCUUAGAAUCGGCCGCAGGCACAUCCACGUACACAUGUUCUUGUGUUCUAGGCGUAGAAUAUGUGAAUUCGAAGCACCGCGUCCUAGGCAGUUCGAUAGUGUUCAUGUCAUAUCCUAUGGGUGCAGUCCUCUUAGGUCUUGUUGCGAUGUACGUUUCCGAUCCACCAUUCAAAUUCUCUACAUACCCGGAUUGCUAGCAAUCUUUUAUUACUGGCUAAUUCCGGAAAGUGUGCGUUGGCUUUUAAUAAGUGGGCGCGUUGAUCGUGCCAUAAAAACAUUGAAACGAAUUGCAUCUAAAAACGACAAACAAUUAUCCGAAUCAUCGAUAGACACGAUGAAAUUGAAAUACUCAUCGGAUGUUAUUGCAAAAAAUAAUGCGGUCGAUGCCGAAAAUCAUUCCGUUUUGUAUUCCCUUCGGUUAAUAUUCAAGUCGAAAACAUUGUUUUUACGAUUCAUGGUUGGAUGUUACCUAUGGAUGACAUGCUGUUUUAGUUAUUACGGUUUGAAUUUAAUAUCGACACAUAUUCCGGGUGAGAACCGGUACUUGAGCUUCAUUCUCGUGGUGUCGGCCGAGAUUCCCGGUAUAAUUGUUGCAUUGCCAUUGAUGAAACGAAUGCGCCGCCGACGAUUGUUAUUCAUUUUCUUUUUAAUGUCAGCCAUUUUAACGAUUAUAACUCCAUGGAUCCCGAAGGAACAUUCAACAUUUGUACUGAUUUCGUUCAUGGUGGCAAAAGCGUCAACAUCGUGCGCAUUAAAUGUUAUGUACAUUUUUACAUCUGAACUGUGGCCAACCAAUCUCAGAAUGACCAUCUUGAACUCAUCGUCGAUGAUCGGAAGAGUAGGGGCUAUGAUUGCACCACUUAUAGCUAUAUUGACCACGACAUAUCCCAAACUUCCAGCAUUGCUGUUUGGCGGCACUGCCCUUUUUGGUGCAUUUUUUGCGGUAUUUUUACCAGAAACAUACGGAAAAAAGUUACCCGACACGAUUCAAGAGGCAAAAGAUUUAAACUAGGCUAUGAAUAACAUUAAAU